AAAAAGGGGGACAUCGUUUUGGGGGGACUCUUCUCUCUGCAUGACAUGGUGGUGGAGCCAAGUCUGUCCUUCACCUCUAGGCCUCCUCCCACACAUUGCACCAGAUUUAACUUCCGGACAUUUCGUUGGAUGCAAACUAUGAUCUUUGCUAUCGAGGAGAUCAACAAAGAGGCCAAACUGAUUCCUAACAUCACUCUUGGUUAUAAGAUCUAUGAUUCUUGCAGUACACCCCAUCAGGCACUGAAGGCUGCCAUGGAGUUAAUGGGUAGUGAAAAGGGUUCAGGGGUCAAGGGAGAGACAGGGGGUAAUGGGACAUGUCAUGGAACUGUACCAGCAGUGAUAGGAGAUGGAGGCUCCACUCAGUCUCUCGUUGUGGCUCGUUUUCUGGGGGUCUUCCAGGUGCCACAGGUUAGUUAUUUCUCCAGCUGUGCCUGUCUCAGUGACAAGAAUCAGUUUCCUGCAUUUUUAAGGACUAUGCCGAGCGACUUUUUUCAGGUUGAUGCACUCAUUCAACUGGUCCAGCAUUUUGGCUGGACUUGGGUGGGAGUGAUUGCAGGAGAUGAUGCCUAUGGCCGCGGAGGGGCUAACAUUUUUGCUGAUGAGGUUAGAAAGCUUGGUGCCUGUAUUGCUCUUCAUGAGAUCAUCCCAAAGAACCGAGGACAGGCUGCCAUUUCAUCCAUCAUUUCCAAAAUCCGUUCUUCAGGGACACGUGUGAUUCUUGUGUUUGCCGUGGAACAAGACACAGCUGCACUGUUUGAUGAAGCACUCAGGCAUGAUACUACUGGUUCAAUGGGAUUUGCCAUCCGAAGAGCAAACAUCCCAGGAUUGCAAGAAUUUCUGCUUCGCUUGCACCCCUCAAACCCAGACGCCCUUAGCGAUCCCUUCCUGGUACCCUUCUGGGAGGAGGUGUUCCAGUGCAACCUGGGUUUGCUUGCUGAAGGUACAGAACUUAAGGAUGAGGGGAAACCUUCAUGCUCUGGAGAGGAAGAGUUAGGGAAUGUGACAAAUAUCUAUUCUGAUGUGUCACAGCUAAGGAUUUCCUACAAUGUGUAUAAAGCGGUGUACGCUAUUUCUCAUGCAAUCAAGACUAUGAGGAGCUGUGUGAAAGGAAAAGGGCCAUUUCCUCUGCAGGCCUGUGCAGAUAUUGACAAUAUCCAGCCAUGGCAGCUGCUUCAUUACAUAAAACAGGUGGAAUACUUGAAUUCAUUCGGUGAUGAAACCAAGUUUGAUGAGAAUGGUGACCCUGCAGCCAUAUAUGACCUGGUUAACUGGCAGCUGAGACCAAACGGGGAAAUGGAGUUUGUCACUAUUGGCAAAUUUGAUGAGACGACUAUUGUUGGAAAGCAAAAACUUCAGAUUCAAGAACAGAGAAUUGUUUGGAAUGGCAACAAAACUGAAGUUCCCUUAUCAGUAUGCAGCAGCAUCUGUCCCCCAGGUACGCGAAAGGCGAUUAGACCUCACUUCCCUAUCUGCUGCCAUGAUUGUGUGGUUUGUACAGCUGGGGAGAUUAGCAAUCAGACUGAUGCCAUAGAGUGUGUGCGCUGCCUUCCAGAGUUUUGGUCCAACGACGAGAGGACCGUCUGUAUCUCCAAACAGGUGGAGUUCCUCUCCUUCAGCGACACCAUGGGCAUCACCCUGAUGGCCAUUUCCCUUAUUGGCUGCUUCUGCACCUGUGUAGUGGUUCUCAUAUUCUCUUGUCACAGAAACACUGCUAUUGUCAGAGCAAACAACUCUGAACUCAGCUUCUUGCUGCUCUUCUCUUUGGCUCUAUGUUUCCUGUGUUCUCUGACCUUCAUUGGCCGGCCCUCUGAGUGGUCCUGCAUGCUGAAACACACAGCAUUCGGCAUCAUCUUUGUCCUCUGUAUCUCCUGUAUUCUUGGGAAAACUAUCGUAGUACUUAUGGCCUUCAGGGCUACACUUCCAGGCAGCAAUGUCAUGAAAUGGUUUGGGCCUGCCCAGCAAAAAGCCAUUAUCACCUUUUGUACACUGGUCCAGGUUAUCAUCUGUACCGUGUGGCUGGUUGUUGCUCCUCCAAAGCCACAAAAACUCAUGCCACGUGAGAGCGCCAUUGUCAUUCUUAUGUGCGACGAAGGUUCACCUGUGGCAUUUGCUCUCGUCCUGGGCUACAUUGGCCUGUUAGCGUGCCUCUGCCUUCUCUUGGCCUUCCUGGCAAGGAAGCUCCCAGACAACUUCAACGAGGCCAGACUCAUCACCUUCAGCAUGCUUAUUUUCUGCGCAGUGUGGGUAGCCUUUGUACCUGCCUACAUCAGCUCUCCAGGGAAGUACUCCACAGUCACUGAGGUGUUUGCAAUCUUGGCCUCCAGUUAUGGACUACUGGGCUGCAUCUUUGCACCAAAGUGCUAUAUAAUCCUGCUACGGCCAGAAAAGAACACAAGGAAAUAUCUGAUGUCCAAAGGUUCCUCUGAUAAAUUUUAGGGGAUGUAUGUCUACAGGCAUCUUUUAUUGUAUUUGCAAAGGUGUUUUCAAAGAUACAUGGUCCCUUUAAACUCAUUCACCAUAUAUUAUCAUUUGGAAGAGGUGACAUGAAUUGUUGCAGACACAUAAUUUAUAAG